GGCUGGGGAAGAGGUGUGGCUAUAAGCGCAACCUGCUCCACUCGGCCAACAGAGGUCGCUGUGCGGUCAACGAGGAAACAUGGCUCGUCAAGCAUUGUCGAUUGUUGCUUUUGCAUUGCUGGUUGCGCUAGCCGUGGCAUUGCCCCACAAGCUCGGCACCCAGCACGACCACCCCGAGGAAUCAAAUGCAAGUGGAACUUCAAGCUCAAGUGAUGCGAAGUUCCAUCAUGAACCUGGCCACAUAGGAACUGGCGAGGAACCAGAGACUCCGACUGACGGACAGCAAGAGAAAGCUACUGAAGGCUCGAAACAUGAAAAAGAGGCUGAAGAUUUAGUCGCCAGUAAGCCCAAAACUGCUCCCCAGGUUGCGGCGGAUCAAGGCAGCGUUGCCAAGAAAAACAGUGAAGCUACGAAAAAGUUAGCUGCUGAACAAAGAGCUGGAGUUGCUGCUGAACAAGAAGGCACUGAACAUGAGGCGGCUGAACAAGAGGCGGCUGAACAAGAGGCGGUUGAACAAGAGGUUGCUGAGCCAGAGGCUGCUGAACAAGCAGGAGCUGAGCAAGAGGCUGCAGAGCCAGAGGCUGCUGAACAAGCCGGAGCUGAACAAGAGGCUGCUGAACAGGAAGCGAAUCAACAUGGCGCUGAGAGUCAAAACUCUUUCGCCUUCCUUCCUUCUAACGUUGGCGUCGCCCACCUCGAUGCUCUCGCUGCCCAGCAUUCUACUCUCCUCACCCUCACUGAGGCUGACAUCGACGACUUCUUGAGGAACCAGGAAUCUGUCAACACUUUGACUUCUUGCUUCCAGAACCCUGUUCAGUGCCAGUCCGCUCCUGCGCUCGCCUUACUCAACGGCAUCCACCAGGCAGAGACUCAGGGCGCUUGCGGCUCCUGCACCCCCGAGCAGAGCGCCCACAUGGACGGUCUUCUGUACAGGCUCGUCGAGGGACUCUCCACGCGCUACCCUCAGCAGUGGCAGAUCAUCCUCCCCAGAGUUCUGCACAUCGUCAGCAGACUUCAACGAUUUUAAUGGAGACCUUUUCAACAAAAAUAUUUUUGUAUCCGAAAUUCAAUACACUGUUUUAAAUGAA